AUGGUCCUUGCCACACUCCAUCUCAUCGCCCUCUCCCCGGGCAAGACCAUUCCUCACUUCCUUCGGGCCCUCAAUUCACAGUCGAUAAAACCGCUCGUGACAGCCAAAGUCGUCCGAUGGAUCAUCAAGCCCGAGAAGCUCUCAACACACCUCACGAAGCAAGGUUGGGACUUGCUGGUCAUUGUCCCAUCAUCCACGCCGAUUCCAGCCACAUUCUUAGGUGAAGACUGGGCCUACCGCCACUGGAGCUCAUCAGCUGGUGUCCCCUCUCGACUCUUCAACAACUUCCAUGACACGAACCGAGGUCUCCUCCACCCGUCACCAGGCGAUGUGCCCGAGCUGACCGGCUCGCUUCACAACCCAAGAAAAGCAACCUCAACCCAAGGCCUGGAGCUCAACGACGAACUCCUCUCCUGGAGCAAAGCCUUCAAACUCGGCCAAACCGGCGCCGUCUCCAUGCUCAACCUACUCUCCUUCAACCCCAGCAAAGAAGCGCACGACAGCUACAAAACCUACGGCAAAGCGUUCGCCGAAACCAUCGGCUCGCGACGCGGCGGGAACGCCAAGUUGGUCGGCAGGAUCGUGCCGGAUCAGAAGACCGCCGACGAGGACAAGUAUGGCUGGGAUGAGUUUGCGUUGGCGCAUUACCCGAGUAUUCGCCAUUUUGUGGAUAUGCUCGCGAGUGAGGAUUAUCAGAAGGUGAAUCAUGAGAGUAGGUUGCCCGCCUUGAGGGAUACGUGUAUUCUCUGUACGACGGAGUUGGAUCCGGAGGUUGGGGGUGAUACGCCUGCGGCGCCGGGGAUUAUGAGGGAGACUGAGGGGGAUAAGGCGAAGCUUUGA